AUUAUAUUUUUCUUUUUCUCCUCUAUAUAUAAGCAUCUAAUAGUCCUUAAUUUCCCUCAAAACAAACAAAACAUAUUAUUAACAACUUCAUCAUCACCAACCUCUCUCUUUCCCUCUAUGAUCUCAAGCUACUCUCUUUCCAUGAAGGAAAUGACCAAGAAACUACAAACAUCUCCAAACCACCUUUUCUCAACUUCACAACCACUAGCCAUUCAUAAAGAUUCAAAAACAAUAUCCAAAACCAAGCCAAAGAUUCGCAUCAUUCAUAUCUUUGCACCUGAAAUCAUCAAAACCGACGUCGCAAACUUCCGGGAAUUGGUGCAAAGACUCACCGGCAAACCAACAGAAGUAGUUCACUGCAAGAAGAAGAUCAAGAAGCCAAGAGUUUCAGGAAGAGAAGAAUCCAAGAUGAUCAGCAGCAGUGCCUUUUCAGACAAGAAAUUAGAGCUGAAAAGUGGGUUUAGGGCGGCUUUGGAUGCAAAAGAGAGAGUAAAGGAAGAAGAAGAAGAAGGGAUGUGGAUUUCAGAGAAUUCAGGUGGGUUUUUGGACAGGUUUGCAGAUUUGGAAGGUUUUAAUUAUAUUCAAGAGCUUGGUGAAUUCCCUAUGCUUCCUUUGGAUACUUCUCACAUGCAUGGGCUUGAAGGACCUCACCAGCUUGUUUAAUUACCAGUACUAUUUUUGAAGGGAAGAAAAGAUAAAAUAAAAAAAAAUAAAAAAAAAAAAGGAAAGAGAAGGAAAUAUAAUUAAUUUUGAGUUUGUUAUAUUAAUUUUUUCAGUCUGACGUUGAGGAUCAUAUAUGAUUAAUAAUUUUGUUUUUUUGUUUUU